CUCGUGCGUUUCCUCUAUGAAAUAGGCUGGUGUAGAUCAUGAUGUAGAUCUAGUAAAAUCUAGAUCUAGUUCUGUAGACUAUCUAGAUCUAGAUCUACUCUAGAUUUUUCUACAUUGAGAUUAAGACGUUUUAUUGUAGCCAACCUUAACCAAGUUUUCUGUUCAAUUCAAGGAAACACAGGAGAACAAAGUGAGCUUGAUUCUCCACUAGAAGCUUCAUUUAAUGGCAAUGAAAGUAAUGCGCAUAAUUUGGAAAUCUGUCCACUAAACGAUAGUAAUAAAUGUAUUGAUCAAUGCCCAUUUAUACAUGGACCACUAUGCCAUCUGUGCCACAUGCACCGAUUACAUCCUUUUGAUCCAGAUCUGCAUCUAAAGGUGUGUCUUGCAAAACACCUGGAGCAAAGCCAUCACAUGGAAUGCAAUAUUUGCUUUGAGAGUUUCAAAGAUACCAAGUAUGCAUUUGGGAUCCAAGAGAAUUGCAAUCAUUGUUUUUGCAUUCAAUGCUUAAGGCUUUGGCGACAAAAGAAUGAAAUGGUUAAUUAUAGGUCCUGUCCAGUGUGCCGUACUCCAUCAGGUGACAUUUUGAAAUUCCCAUUGUGGUUCACAUGUUCAUUGUCAAAAAAGUUGAUGUUUGCUUGUAAGAAAAGAACACUGGCUUUGGAGAAGUAUUAUCGAUAUGUUGCCUAUUAAGAAAGACUUUGCAACAUGCUGAUUUUUUUUUUUCAUUCAAAUUGAAUAUAACUUUAAAAUAAAAGAGACUUUCUUUCUUUUGCUUUUUUCUUGACCUUGUUUUCUUUAGUUUUAUAGUUUUAAUUUUUCGAUGUUUGAAAUGCACUUGAGAAAGUAGAAAAAAUCAUGGCCUAUAGCUUAAAAUAUAUUUAUAAAGCUAGAAGACAAGAUUGACCUAUUGCUGAUUGUUAAUUAGAGUACAUAUAAAAAUACAAUAUAUUCUGAUGUUAUUGGCACACAUUGAUUCAUUCAAAACAAUGAUUGCUUACCAAUAAAAAAAAUAAAAAAAUAGAAUAAUUAUAAUCUACUGGCAUGUAUGUGAGCUGGUGCUCCCAGAUCUAUUUUUGUAUUUUAAUUUGUCAUUUUUACAGGCUAAUGUAGGAUAGAUGUAUUUUAGUGUUUUUUUUAAAUUAUUUUGUAUAGUACAAUGCAGAGUAGAAUAUAUUUUUUGCUAUUGAUUACAUUCUGCUACUUAUAUAUAUCUUUUGGGGCUAUUUGUGUUUAACUCAGCAAACAAAAAGUUUUCAGAAUUGUUAAUAAAUGUUAAGAGUUGGAUACAUUUUUUUUUUCCUACUACGUUUUACUAAAUGUAGUCUUUAGUACCCAUGUUCCAGUAGUAGUUAUUAUUAAUUUCAUUUUGAAUGUAGGUCUAUACUAUAACUUUUGGUCAUUAUGAUGUCACUGAAAGUUCCCCUUAUCAGAUCAAGCAGUCUAUAGGGUAGAUUAUGUUAAGAUCUUCUGUUUCUUUGGCCAAUGGUUGACUCAGGUGUCAUGUAGCUAGCACAAUGACCAAUGGCCUUUACUUUCCCCCAACUUAAGUCAGGUACUCAUUAGAGUGAAGUGGAUUAAGGGGCAUCCUAAAAAUCCUGAAGUUCAAAUCCCAUUCUUCACAGAGAUUCAAAUCCAAGACCCAGAUAUGUUAAUUAGAAAUCUGACCGUUUUAGAUGUGAAGGAAAAAUUACAUGAGAAAAAACAACAAUUAUCUUAUAUAUUAUAGACAUUUUUAAAAACAAGAUAAGAGAGUUUGUGUUAUCACAAAUACUCGGAGGCGGUCCGCAUUGAAUUCACCAAUGGACGAGAAAUAUUCAAAUCAUUGUCUGGUUUUGAUCGUUUAAAGUAAUAAAGUAAUACAAAUUUAAAAAUCAUUGGGCAGUAAAAUAAUACACAUUUUGUUUUCUCUUUUACAUUUUUUUUUUUUCAAAAUGAAUUUUUAUUAAACAUAAACUUUUUUCAA